AUGGACAGGGCCAGCCGAGGGGCCAGCACUACGAACAAGGAGAAGUGGCGUAAUAAGCCUAUGAUGACCAUGGGCAUGAACAGAGCACGCGGCAUUAAGAAUAGACGACAGAUGAGGGCAUCAGUCAAGUUGGAGGCCCUGCAAGCUCAUGCGCGGAUACUGGAGAAGCAAGUCCAGCCACAGAAGGGACGACGAAAGUAG